GUUUCAGGGUCUUUACAUUUACAAAGCUAGACUAAGUCCCUAACUGCAUAUGUGAAUAGUGCUGUGCUUAGCUGAGCACAGCAUCGUUCCUGUCUUUCUAUCUCUCUCUGCUUCCAGCCCUAGCAAUCCCAGAUUCCUAUCAUCCUCAAUCAAUUGCAGCUUCUUCAAAAUGACUACUCCCAAUACUUCGCCUCCACCAGAAGAUGCAUGGCUUCUUGCUUACCAAAAGUUGCUUCCUCAUUGGCGAUCUCUCGCCCUUUCAUCUCACCAGUCAAAAUUACCAAUUUCAAUAUCUAGAGUUAAUCAAUUUGAUGCUGCAAGAUUAGACAUUGAAAUGUCAGCAAUGUUAAAAGAGCAAUUGGUCAAGGUUUUCUCUCUAAUGAAGCCAGGAAUGUUAUUUCAAUAUGAGCCAGAACUUGAUGCUUUCCUUGAGUUUCUUAUUUGGAGGUUCUCUAUUUGGGUAGAUAAGCCUACUCCAGGAAAUGCUCUUAUGAAUCUGAGGUAUAGAGAUGAUCGUGCUGUGGAACCAAGAGAAAAAGUGAGAACAGGUUUGGAAGGACCUGGACUUACUAUAGCUCAGAAAGUUUGGUAUUGCAUUGCCACUGUUGGUGGUCAAUAUAUUUGGGCUCGCUUACAGACGUUCUCUGCUUUUCGUAGAUGGGGGGAUUCUGAACAGAGGCCACUAGCACGGCGAGCAUGGAUUUUGAUACAGCGUAUCGAGGGACUUUAUAAGGCUGCUUCAUUUGGCAACCUACUCAUAUUUCUAUACACAGGAAGGUUUAGGAACCUUGUUGAAAGAGUCUUAAGAGCAAGGCUUGUCUAUGGAAACCCUAAUAUGAACCGAGCCGUUAGCUUUGAGUACAUGAAUCGCCAGUUAGUGUGGAAUGAAUUUUCGGAGAUGCUGUUGUUGCUUCUUCCUCUUCUUAACUCAUCGUCCGUAAAAAACUUACUUGGUCCAUUUUCAAAGGACAAAUCCUCUAGUUCCACAGGAGCUGAUGGUACUUGUCCUGUCUGUCAGGCGAUUCCAACCAUUCCAUUCCUUGCUCUGCCGUGUCAACACAGGUACUGCUACUACUGCCUUAGAACACGAUGUGCUGCAUCUCCAUCAUUCCGGUGUCCUAGUUGCAGUGAACCAGUGGUUGCUAUGCAGCGUCAUGGUUUUUCUGCCAGUGAUGCUCCUGAUUAAGUAUUGAUAGUGCGCAGUAGGAAAAUCAAUUUAAAGUACUGUGAAAGAAAUAGAGUGCUAGAAUUAGCCGUAUAAUUUAAUGAAGAGAGAUUUUUUUUUUCUCUCCCUUUUCUUUCUUUUGUAGAAGCAAUUGUUCCCCAAUUGAGUUGGGAAUCAUUCUUUGUCAUCAUUGUACAAUUAAUAAAUUAUUUUCUCCAUUCAUAAAUUCCUC